AUGUCUCGCAGAGGGCCGGAUGCUGUAUCUACUGUAUCCAUUCCAUUUUUAGCUUCAUCUUCCAACGGAAAGCUGUCCGCAUCUGUGCUUUCACUUCGCGGAAAUGGCCUCACAAGACAACCUGUAAAAGUUGGAAAGCUUGAAACGUCGUACUUUUGCUGGAAUGGAGAAGUUUAUCGCAGAAGAACAGCUGACGGCCAUACAGCUCAUAUGGACGACGAUAUCCAAGGCAGCGAUACACAGAUGAUGGCGACGCUGGUAAUGGAACUAGGUUUCGAAGCAGCCUUGUCACAAAUCCAUGGCGAAUACGCUACUCUCUUGGUAAACCCUGAUUCAACUUCAAAUCAGCAUCUUUGGAUGGCUCGAGAUCGACUUGGUCGUAGAUCUCUGCUGUGGCAUAGAGAACCAGGUCUAGCGGUUGUUUCAAGUGUCGGUCCCGUCUUGUCAGACCGCACACAAAAUGCUAUCGACUGUCUAAACUUUGAGGAGGUUCCUUCUGAUUGUAUCUAUUCCCUUCAAGUUACAGACACUGAGCUCGUUUGGACACAAUGUCCUCAUCCAGUAUCUCUACCAGCUUUUAACCGAGUAUUGCCAGAGCCUGAAAACAUUCGAAUCCUUCCGUCAUCAGAUAACGUCCUGCCUUCGGUCGACUACGAAGAGGCUCUAACAGAUUCAAUGAAUGCGAUCUCCUCUGCUGUUAGUGUUCGAGUACUGAGUGCUCCUACUGCAUCAUCGGGAAAAGACGCACGCAUAGCAGUAUUAUUUUCAGGAGGUCUGGAUUCGUCAGUAUUGGCAUACUAUGCCCAUGUGCAUUUACCACUAUCGGAACCUAUUGACUUGAUCAACGUCUCGUUUGAAAAUCCUCGUACAGCUAACGACACAGAAGACAUUUAUGAUGUGCCAGAUAGGAAGACAGGUCGUCGAGCAUUGCAGGAAUUGAGAAGACUUGCCCCAAAUCGACAAUGGCAAUUUGUAGAGGUGGAUGUACCGUUUGCGAAAGUGACAGAGUAUCGGUCGAGAAUUAUAGAUCUGAUGGCACCUUUGAACAGCGUCAUGGAUUUAAGCAUCGCCUUGGCAUUCUGGUUUGCUGCUCGAGGUAUUGGUCACCUAAGAGAUAACGGGAAUAAGUUGCAUCCUUAUACAUCAGCAGCCCGUGUAUUACUCUCUGGUUUGGGAGCAGAUGAACAACUCGCUGGUUAUAGUAGGCAUGCUGGCCGCUUUCAAUCAAGAUCGUAUGCAGGACUUGUGAAUGAACUCGCGAUGGAUGUAGAGCGUCUGCCUUAUAGAAACCUUGGCCGUGAUGACCGAAUUAUGGCCGAUCAUGGUCGUGAGGUCCGUUUCCCCUUCUUGGACGAGUUGGUUAUGAACUUGUGGUCGAGCCUCCCCAUAUAUCAAAAGGCAGAUCUGAGACUAGGAAAAGGGAUUGGCGACAAAUUGUUGUUGCGGUGGGUGGCCGAACGAGUCGGUCUUGGUUCUGUUGCAACUGAAGCUAAGCGAGCAGUCCAGUUCGGUAGCAGAACGGCAAAGAUGAUGGAUAAUAGCAAAGGUCAUGAGCACGUCAUGAGAACAUGA